AUGUCGGAAGCUGCUGGAAGGUCGUCCCAAGUCGCGAUCCCAGAUCGGUCGACAACAGCAGAUCGGUCGGCAACGGGCUCAGGCGUCCGGGCUCAAAUCGCGGCUCCCGAGGCACGGAUCCACGUCAAUAGUACACUUCAGCGAGAUGCUUGGGGCGCCCUCAAGGCUGCGGCCGAAAUUCUGAGCGUCGCGGCGUCCAUGACACAGAACGUGCCCUACCUCGGAGUUAUCUCCAGCGUUCUGACUGAGUUUCUAAGGAUUCAGGCCGAAGUCGAAUCGUAUAGGUCUGACUGGAACGAAGUCAUGUCCAUAGCCCGUCAGAUCAAGGGUGUGAUUGACCGAGUGCUGGAACAAUGCGCGCCGAUGGGUGGUGACGCGGUCCUGCCUGCAUUUCUGAAGGAACCUUUGGAUGCGCUCGAGAAAUGCCUGGCCGGAACACUCGAAACUCUAUACACUUGCCGGAUCCGUGUGUCGGGCGAGCGCACCGCUAGCGUGACUAAAAUCAUCAAGGCUCGCGCUCGCGAGUAUCUCGAUAGGGGGGAGUUGGCCACCAGAGUCAAGCAGUGCCGCGUCGAUAUGCAAGUGGCUCUCGACCUGUUCAACACUACUCUUCAGAUUGAUCAGACUCUCACCAUGCAUAGUAUGGCCGCCAUACUAGAGGAGAUCAAGAACAAUAGUACUCCUCUUACGACCGUACCUGCCGGCGAAGCCCCAUUUCCACCCCUCCCUGCCGCACCCCCUAUCUUCUACGGUCGUGUUGACGAAGUCACGCAUAUCAUCCAUUCUAUACGAAGCAAGCACCCGGCCCGCGUCGCCAUCCUUGGCUCCGGUGGCAUCGGAAAGACCACGAUCGCACUGAGCGUCUUGAACAACCCGCAACUCAGGGAAAUCUUCCACGACCGACGUCUAUUCAUGUCAUGCGAGGCUGUGUCUACGGCCGACGACGUUACCCAAGGACUGCUCACUUUGUUUGGACUCGUAGCGGAUCGCAAAAGUGGUGUCGCACCGCAAGACCUUCUGGUCUCUCAUGUCGCCGGUCUGGACGAUUGUAUCCUCUGUCUAGAUAAUCUAGAAACCCCUUGGGAUGCCGACGUGCGCGCUGUUGAGGAUCUUCUCAGCAGGCUCGCAGGAUUGGCCAAUCUCGCCCUGAUCAUCACCACACGUGGCUCCGAGCGCCCAUCAGGCGUUGCAUGGACACGGCCUCAUUUGCCGUUCAUCGCACCACUCUCAUUGAGAGCAGCUUUAGAGACAUGGGACGCGAUAUGCGACUCGCAUGAUGAUUACUCGGUACAGCUUGUACAAGCUGUCGACUACGUUCCUCUGGCGGUGACUCUUCUCGCGCAUUUAGCGCAGAGCGAGUCAUCAGAAGCGCUCUGGUCGCGAUGGGAAGAGGAACGCAUAGAACUACUGAAACUCCGCGGACCUGAGACUCGCCUCACCCAUGUUGAGGUUUCGAUCCAGAUCUCCUUGCAAGGUCCGCGUCUACGAGACGAACCUUUGGCAAUCCAACUUCUCAGCAUAAUCUGCGCGCUUCCACAAGGACUGCCCGAAUCGCGCGUUCCCGCUCUGGUCGCAACACUCAAGGACCAACUACCGUCCAUACGUCGUUUUAUCACGCUUCUCAAGCAAUGCUCUCUUCUCUAUCUAUCUGAGGACAAAUUUCUUCGGGUAUUGUCUCCUGUGCGCCUCUAUAUGCAGGCGCAUCACCGGAUCACCGACGAAUGGCUCUCUCGAUUAGGCAAGAUCUACUGCGAUCUCGUUGAUUACCGCUCCAAUAUCUAUACCGAAGAGAUGCGAUACGCGCAAGCGUCUAUCUCGCCUGAACUGGCAAACAUCACUCUGGUUCUUCGUCAAUGCAUGUCUCGCGGCUGUCUCCCAUCAGAGCGAGUAUUGCUUGCUAUCAACUCGUUUUCGAGGCUCUGUCAAGACCUAUCUUACUACGAUUCGACCCUGCUAUCCGAAGCCAUACGAGAUACAGGGCGCGACAAACCAGUCUUACUCGCUAAGCUCCUGCAGGCGAAAGCAGAAUGUCUUUACUUUCGCGACCGCAAAGUUCAGGCUUUACCCAUCCUCAUGGACGCCCGAGGGCUAUACCAAUCCGUCGGCAAUAGGGUGGGAGAGGCUGAGUGCUUGCAGCGCUUAGGGGACACGUACCUGUAUCAUUACCGCCUCGAAGAGGGGUUGGUGGCCUUGGACACCGCUCUCGAUCUCUGGUCGCACACUGAUGAUAGACGCGGGCGGGCCCGCACGCUACGAAGUCUUGGGCGAUUGCACGCAACUCUCGAAAGAGCAAACGACUCAGAGCAUGCACUGCAGUCGGCACUCAAGCUGUUUACCGAUCUCGGAGACGAGCUGGGAACAGCCAGUGCGUUCGAGACGCUCGGCGCUCUGUACACGGGAACUGGUGACUUCGAUCAAGCAAAGGACACGUUGAAGUCUGCGCUAGCUUUGUACAGCAAAAUUGGCUAUCGCUUAGGCGAAGCCAAUGCCUUACAACAACUGGGAAGGUUGUACCUCCACAUGGAUCGGUGGGAUGAAGGGGAAUCUGUGCUCCGGACUGCGCUCGAGCUUUACCGCGAAGUUAAUGGUGGGAUGGGUGAAGUACGCAGCCUCAAUGCGCUCGGGCAGCUCUACUACAAACGACACCAAUACGAGGCAGCGAUGAGCGCCCUAGAGUCCGCACGCGACCUCGCUUCUAGCAUCUCGUACCUCGUCGGCCAAAGGAAAGCAUGGAUGUAUCUCGCCAAAGUACAUGGCGAAUGCGGACGGCCCGAGGCCGCUGAGAGCUGCCUCGAGAGAGCGACGCAAUUGUUUGAGGAAGCGCACAAUCGGAGGGGUGGUAUGUCACAGGAUAGUCUGAGUACACCUAGUUUGUAG